CUACACACCGAUGAGCGAUUCCCGGGUGCAUAAAAAGACUGAAAUUAAAGAAGAGAAAAAAUAAAACGGUAAAGAGUUGUAGUCCGGGGGCAAUGAAGCGACAAUACUCGUUGAGUAUAUUUGUCUCUCGAUUUAGUCAUCACUGAGACGUUCACCAAGUCGUGUCAGUCACCUCGUUGCGUUGAAUUUCAUUUUCUACGUUUACCCAGAAAAGACCACUCAAAAAUGAGUAAAAAAAAAAUUCCACCCCUCAUCUUACUAUUUUCCACCCUUUAUUUUUUACACCCGGUUAGCGAUAAUUUCGGAGUUUUUGCACUCACGGAUUUUGAAUUAAGUUUGACGCGUCUCGCUCGGGGACCGAUCCAAGAGGCAGUCGAGAGUGGUGCAGCUGAUUAUAACAAGGAGGAUUGCACGUGGAGGCGGGGAGACGAUAAGGAUGCCUGUCCUGAUCCCGAUGUUCACGUUUACCUUUACACACCGGGAAAGGCCAAGAAGAGAAAACUCAUGGAGGAGUUCAAGGGGGAUUGGCUGAGGAUGGACUAUCAGCCGACGUUGGAGAAUGUCAUUUUGAUACAUGGUUAUGCAGGAGGUGAUGACACUCUUCCGAUGUCGGUUCUCCGAGACGCGUACAUGAAAAACGGAAGUUACAACGUCUUCCUGGUGGACUGGGGUGCCCUGAGUGCAGCUCCCUGCUACCCGGCGGCCAUCGCGAACCUCCGGCCGGUCGCCAGGUGCCUCGCGCACACCCUGACGACCUUGAGGGAAAUGGGACUGCCCAUUCUGAGGACAACGUGCGUUGGUCAUUCCCUGGGUGCUCAUCUCUGCGGAAUGAUGGCGAAUUUCCUCUUCUUCCGGAUGCACAGGAUCAUCGGACUGGACCCCGCCAGGCCGCUAGUGCGGCCAGGUCUGGUGAAUCGAUUAGACAGUGGUGAUGCCAACUUCGUGGAGGUCAUCCACACGAAUGCAGGGUAUUAUGGGGAAAUUGGAAGAGUUGGUCACGUGGACUUCUGCGUAAAUGGCGGGCGAGUUCAGCCAUUUUGUCAACAGAGCCCGAACGAGCAGCUCUGCAGUCAUGUCUGGGUUGUCUGCUACAUGGCGGAGAGUAUUUUUGGGGACUCAAAGAGCCUGACCGCCGAGCCCUGCUCCAGAAGGUGCCCAGCAGGGCCCAGGAUCAACAGCAGACCUGGGGAACGUCUCAUAAUGGGGCAGCACACACCCGUCGGGUCCAGGGGAUCGUUCUGCCUUAAAAAAACCAAUCCUCCAUUUUGUCCUGAUUUCAGUAGCAAUGGAGUUGGAGAUCGACGCUGUUGUCUUGAUAAAAUUUCUUCUGAUGAGGCCAGGACCGACUUUUUUCGAUAGCUAGGGAGUUUUCCGCCGGGGGAAUUACGAAGUCUCUCGUUUUUUUGAGUGAUAUUAUUGAAGGAAACGUAAAUAAUCACUAGCAAGUCAGUGAAACGGAAAUAAAUCCCUGGUAAAUGAAAUAAGUCUGAACAACAGAUGUCAUUGUCUUAUUAAUAAUUUCAUCACGAUCGGGUUCCAAUGGUUAAUAUUCAAGUGAUUCAGGUAUAACGGACUCGCACCGUUAGGUACGAUACGUGCCGUAUUUAUUGUAACUGAUGUUGAUUAGUUUUAAGGUAGAUUGUUAAAGGUGUCUAUUGACUAAUAAUAAUUUUUCGAUAAUUGAAAAAACAGAAA